AUGGUUCUUCAAGGAAUGUGCAGUGUUCUUGGGGAUGAUUACGGAGUAGAACGCGGCUUUCCUAGGUUGCCUAAGGUUAAAUUCCGGCCCACUUAUCUCCCUAUCGCGAAGUCGCUAUUCACGCCAUCUCUCUCUCAUCUCAAUGAAGGCGGGAGGCGGCCACUAGCUAUUGCAAGGAUGCCAGACACAGUAUCCAUGACUUCUCAAGCGACUCUCGCAUCCCGAUCCGUCUUCCCAAAGGGUCCCAGCUUCACGUUGGAGGACUUCUCCAAUCGUGACUUCAUUGUCAAGGAAUUCAUUGAGACACUUUCUGACACCACGGCAUCGAACCGCCGAUCCACGAUCGGACCUAGCAGCGCAAAUCAACUAUUUGACCCCAAACCACUCAUCCGUACCUUCGAGCACGCCCAGCAACGGCUAGGUGAAUUAUCCGGCGACCUCGAAAUCAGGGAGAAUGAGCUAUCUGCUGCAGUACGCAGGGCAGAAGCGCAGCACUCGCAAAAUUUGAACACGCUGGGUAGGAAGCUAAAACAGACGAUCGGGUCUUUUCAGCAGUUGGACACAUCGCUCAACGGAGCAGGGAUACAGAUUCCCGGAACCGAUCAUGCUGGGGCUACCGGAAAUAUGGCCGUGGAAACUGGACGACGGCUGGAGGAGCUUGAUAGGCAAAGACGUCGAGCACUGGAUGCAUACUUCUUACUCCAAUGCUGGGAGGGCGUCAGUAAUAGAGGAGAAAUAACACUUCUGGAGAACCUCAGGCGAUCUGGGACCGGCGAGGCCAAGGUGCGCUCAGCACAGAUUGCACGGCAAUUGCUGAGGAUAAGCCAAAGGCUUGAUCCUCACAGCUGGAAUGAAUCGGGGGGGAAAAACAGCAAGCCCCUCGGAAAUGGAAGCGGGGAGCGAAGCCCAACCGAGGGAAUUGACAGCGCUAGACGGAACACAAGGGAGGUUAUUGAAAAAUUCUCCGAGACCUUGGAGAAAGACCUUCUGAAGCAGUUCGAUGAUUUCUAUCGCAAGGCAAACUUCGAAGGCAUGCGGGAUUGUGCGACUGUGCUCCAGGAUUUCAGUGGUGGUGCCAGCGUCAUCGCAUUAUUCGUCAACCAGCAUCAGUUUUUUAUUGACCGCAGCCAACUUGUUACUGAAGAAGUGGCAGGUGAUCCCGAAUCCUGGGAGAAAUUGGCAGACCCUGACGCUGAGCCUCUGAAAGUGGAACCCAGUCUCCAGUCAUUAGUGGAUGAGGUCAAAGUCGUAGUACAGGAAGAGUCUGCCAUUAUCAAACGCGCUUUCCCCUACUACGAGCAGGUUCUCGGCAAGUUCUUGCAGCGAGUUUUUCAACAAUCUAUCCAGCAAAGGCUCGAGAUGGUUUUGGAGCGGGCAAAUGAUAUUUCGCCUCUUGCCUUCCUAAGGUCCCUUCAAAGCUCUCGCAGCUAUAUCAGUGCUCUUGUCGACGACUUGAAAUCCCACGGUUUAACAGAAAACCCAGACCCUAUGUCCGCCCAGACUGCACUGGUCCUUGACCAACAACUAGAAGAUUUGUUCGUGCCGUACUUUGUUGGAUCCUCCUACAUUGAAAGGGAGAAGAAGACUUUGGAAGAGCUAUAUACGUCUCUACUAUUCAGGUUUACCACCUUCCACGCCCGUAGGAAAAAGGCGGCGACAACAUUCAUGGCUUCUCUCUCUAAGUCGGGCACAGAACUUCUGGCUUCCGCUCGGGACACAUAUAUCAACCGCCUUGAAUCAUCUGAAUUCUCUCCUACACACAGGAAGAUGCUCCUUCAGGUGGCAGGGUUAAGAGAAUCCAGUGAUGUCACGAAACCCACCGAUGUCAAACUGGUUGAGGAUGACGGUCUUCCUAGCCUAGCCUACGCCAAGCGCAUGCUCAAAUGGCUUGCUGAAGGAGUCGGCCGAGGGUUGGAGUUAAGUGUUACAAGUGAAACACCCAAGGAUAUGCUUGCGCUGCUGAGUCUCCUCCUUUCGAUGAUGGGAGAAGGAUACAUCGAAGUCUGCCUUGACGCUGCUUCAGAAACUGCAACGUCCCAAGAAUCGGGGAAGGCAGAACCCGAUUUAGUCUAUCUUUCUGCGGUUAGAAACGCCAUCGGAAUUGCCAACCUGAUGAUAAUGUGUGUAAACACAUUGCUCAUCCCCCUUGCGGCCGGAAGCAUUACCGUGCGCAGAGAAAUGGAGAAAAAGACAAACUUGAUAACGGUGCGCAUUGAGGAGAAGGUCAAUACAAUUGAGCAAAAGACCAUCGAUGCAACAUUGACCUGGGUAAACAAGCUUCUGUCCGGCCAGAGGAAAAACGAUUUUCGGCCCAAGGAAGGAGAUAACGCUGCGUGGUUAGAAAAGCUGCAGACUCCGACAUGCGCUUCGAUCUGCAGCUUCUUAGCUCGUGUGCAUGGUGUCAUCGUGCAGUCACUCCCGUCCAGCGGCACCAACCUUCGCCAACUACUUAACGAGAUCGCUCUCGGGGUUCGCAGUCUACUCCUCGAGCAUUUCAAACGAUUCUCCGUCAACGGGCCGGGAGGUCUGCUGGUCACCAAGGAUAUGACGCAGUACAAUGACCUACUGAAGUCAUGGGACAUAGACGAGCAGCUCAAGGCACCUAGCGGAGCACUGGAUGUUCUGCUGGAAGUGGGUAGUCUUUUCGUCGUCGGAUCCGAGGCCCUGCGCGAACGAGUCCGCGGUGGUGCUGCGAGCGGGAACGCCAGCGAAAGCCCCGAGGGCCUCGGCGUGCACGAGGUCCGUGCCUACGUCUCGCGCCGGGAGGAUUCCAACACGCCUGCCAUGCAGAACGUGCUCAACACGCUGUAA